CUACUUUUAUUUUUAAGUUUCAAUAUAAAUAAACAAGAGUCCGAAACAAAUAUGACGGAGGAUAAAUUAGAAGUCACAUGCUUUUUAAUAAAUAACUAAUUGAUAUUUCUGAUCCAUAAUAAACAUUUUAAAAAUGCACGAAGCUUAUGAAGUCAUACCUAUUGUACAAAAAUUACCUCCUGGUCUCUCAAUUGAAUCAAUAUCAGCUUAUGAUGAUUAUCUUCUUGUUGGAACUAAGUCUGGGACACUACUAUAUUACCAGUUGGUGCCAGCUCCAAAAGCUGCUUCAAAACCUGGGUCCAUUCACUAUGAUGUAAAGUUAUUGCGGUCCAACAAGUCAUUUUCAAAGAAAGCGAUUGUGCAGUUGCAAGUUGUACCUGAAUUUCAAAUGCUAAUAUGCCUUGCAGAAGGUACUGUUGCUGCUUUUGAUCUAAGUCAGUGUAGUUUAACGCCCAUUGCAGUUUUGCAGAAAACGAAAGGAGCACAUUUCUUCACAAUUAGUGUAAAUAAACAUAAAAAUCUUGAUGGAGAAGUAUAUCCCUCACUAACUCUAUGCGUGGCUGUAAAGAAAAAGCUUCAAUUGUUUUAUUGGAAGCCAAAAAUAUUAAAGUUCUUAGAGUUCAGUGAUGAUUUAUUACUAAGAGAUAUCCCUCGUACCAUUGUGUGGUGUGGAGAAUCUUUGUGUGUAGGAUAUAAAUCGGAAUACUCACUUAUGAAGAUCAGUGGGGAGACUAAGGAUCUCUUUCCAACUGGCGGAAAUCAACUUGAACCACUUGUAUCUCUUCUCCCCGAUGAAAAAUUAGCUGUCGGUAGUGAUGAGCAAACAAUAUUAAUUGACUCAGAUGGAAAUCCUACUAUGAAGUAUUCCAUCAAAUGGUCUGAAGUACCCUUAGCUUUAGUUUAUGAUGAGCCUUAUUUAAUAGCUGUGCUGCCAUCUGCUGUUGAGGUUCGACCCAUUGAGCCUCGCAUUCACGUUCAAAGUAUUGAUUUACCAAAGGCUAAAAUGAUCGUCACUAGCAAGCAGGGAUGGGUGUUUGCUGCCUCUAACUCUGAUGUGUGGCUUUUACAUGCCGUGAACUUUCCUGAACAAAUUACACAACUCUUGUCUCAAAAACAGUUUGAUUUGGCUCUCCGCAUGGCUGAGAUGACGCCUGACUCUGAGAUUGAAAAGAAACAGAUUGUUCAGCGAAUCAAUAACUUAAAUGCAUUUUAUCUAUUCUGCAAACAAAAUUUCAAAGAUGCUAUGGAGCAAUUCAUCAAGUUGGAAACAGAUCCCUCGCAUGUGAUUGGGUUAUUUCCGAAUUUACUGCCUGAAGAAUUUCGUAGUAGCUUGGAAUAUCCUGAUAGAUUGCCUAAUUUGCAAGGAACUGAGUUAGAAGAUGGACUGGUUGCAUUGACUAAUUAUCUUGUUGAAAUUCGAAGUAGACUUCUCUCAGAUAGUAAUAGUUCUGUGCCAUCUAUGACUGCAAUAAUGGAACCAGGGAAAACGAAGUUUCGUUCUAAAAAACAGCUCUUACAAAUCAUUGACACGACUUUACUCAAAUGUUACUUACAGACUAACGAUGGAUUAGUAGCCUCCUUAUUGAGGAUGAAGGAAAACUACUGUCACAUUGAUGAGUCUGAACGCGCUCUGAAAUUGCAUCAGAAAUAUCGGGAAUUAUUGAUACUCUAUAAUAAGAAAGGAAUGCACAGAAAAGCUCUUGAAUUGUUAAUGAGGCAUGCCAAAAAACCUGAUUCCUCUUUAAGAGGCCAUGAAAAAACUAUUCAGUACCUCCAAGAUUUAGGGGCUGAGCAUUUGGAGCUGAUAUUUGAGUUUGCUAAAUGGGUUUUAAAAGAACAUCCGGAAGAUGGCUUAAAAAUAUUUGCAGAAGAAAUGACUGAAACUGAACACCUUCCACGCUCAUUAGUUUUACAGUAUUUAUGUGAAACAGAACCAGAUUUAGUGAUUCCUUACUUAGAAUUUAUUAUAUGCAAAUGGGAUGAAGAAAAUAAUCUUUUCCACAACACUUUGGUGAAUAAAUAUUGUGAAAAAAUUCUAGUGCUACUUAAUGAUUAUCGAAAUGCCCUUCCUGAAGGUCAUUCUCCUGCUCCUGCUGGCCAAGAACCAGGAGAACUGGGAGUUUUAAGAAAAAAACUUCUGUUAUUCUUAGAAGGAUCUGAACAUUGCACAGUUGAACGGUUUGCUACUUAUAUGAUGAACAAAGGACUGUAUGAUGAAGGUGCUGUAAUUUUGGGUAAAUUAGGAAGACAUGAUGAUGCCUUAACUAUUUACAUACAUAUUUUGCAAAACUACUCUAAAGCUGAAAGAUAUUGUGAAAAACACUAUCAUAAAGACAAGCCUGGAAAUCAAGAUGUCUACCUAGUCCUGUUAAAAUUGUAUUUGCCAUCAGCUGAAAACCAAAAAAUUAAUAUUCCUGCUGUUGGAUAUGUGCCUAUACCAAAACCAAAUAUUGAAAGGGCUAUAUCAAUAUUAAAACAGUAUUCAAAUAAGAUUGAUUCAUUCAAGGCUUUAAGUUUGUUACCAUCAGUCAUAUCUGUAAGUGAUGUCAAAACCUUUUUGGAAUGUGUUCUUCACAGUAUUCAAAGUCAAAAAUAUGAUGUGCAGCUAACAAAAUCUCUUCUAUAUGCUGAGCAUUUACAAGUUAAAGCUAAAAGUAUCCAUUUUCAUUCAUACAAAUUAACAGUUACUGAUUUAGACAUGUGCCGAGUUUGUCAAAAAAGAAUUGGUAAAAGUGCCUUUGCUCAUUUUCCAACUGGUGUUACAGUCCAUUAUUCUUGUAAAGAUCAAUAUUCUGCUGAAAAUUAAACCUUCAUCCAAUUUUAUCACAAAUAGCCUGCUUUUUAUGUACAUAAUUUGUAUAGAGAUUGAUAAUGAUAAAAAUAUUUUUUUCCUUU